AUGUGUCCCGAGGAGUUAUCAGCAGAGCCCUGGACUGCCCUCAACAAGAAGGCUACUUCACACCAAUAUACUGCGAUUAGCACUGCGACGAAGGCCACAGUAAAGAUGCCUGAGAACAGCGGCCGUGGGAUGGAGGAGGAGGUGGAGACCUUUGCCUUCCAGGCGGAGAUCGCUCAGCUCAUGUCCCUCAUCAUCAACACCUUCUACUCCAACAAAGAGAUCUUCCUCAGAGAGCUCAUCUCCAACUCCUCAGACGCUUUGGACAAAAUCCGAUAUGAAAGCCUCACAGACCCAAGCAAACUGGACUCAUGUAAAGACUUGAAAAUGGACAUCACGCCCGACCUGCUGACCCGCACACUCACCAUCACAGAUACGGGCAUCGGCAUGACCAAAGCCGACCUCAUCAACAACCUGGGAACCAUCGCCAAGUCGGGCACCAAGGCCUUCAUGGAGGCGCUGCAGGCUGGAGCAGACAUCUCUAUGAUCGGACAGUUUGGCGUGGGUUUCUACUCCGCCUACCUGGUGGCAGAGAGGGUCACGGUCAUCAGCAAGCACAACGAUGAUGAGCAGUACAUCUGGGAAUCGGCUGCUGGAGGGUCCUUCACUGUCAAGACCGAUACAGGAGAGUCAAUUGGCCGCGGUACAAAGGUCAUCCUCCAUCUUAAAGAAGAUCAGACUGAAUAUUGUGAAGAGAAACGGAUCAAGGAAGUCAUCAAGAAGCACUCACAGUUCAUUGGCUACCCCAUCACACUCUAUGUGGAGAAAACUCGUGAGAAGGAGGUUGACCUGGAGCAGGGCGAAAAAGAGGAGGAGGCAGCGCCCCAAGACGAAGCUGCUGGAGACAAACCCAAGAUCGAGGACAUCGGGGCGGACGAGGACGAGGAUACCAAAGACGGACAGAACAAACGCAAGAAGAAAGUCAAGGAGAAGUACAUCGACGCACAAGAACUCAACAAGACCAAACCCAUCUGGACCAGAAACCCAGACGACAUCACCAACGAGGAGUACGGAGAGUUCUACAAAAGCCUCACCAACGACUGGGAGGACCACAUGGCUGUCAAGCACUUCUCGGUGGAGGGCCAGCUGGAGUUCCGCGCUCUUCUCUUUGCGCCUAGACGAGCUUCUUUCGAUCUGUUUGAAAACAAGAGGAAAAGGAACAACAUUAAGCUGUAUGUGCGCCGCGUCUUCAUCAUGGACAACUGCGAGGAGCUCAUCCCAGAAUACCUCAAUUUCAUCAAGGGUGUGGUAGACUCCGAGGAUCUGCCACUGAACAUCUCCAGAGAAAUGCUGCAGCAGAGCAAAAUCCUGAAGGUGAUCCGCAAAAACCUGGUCAAGAAGUGUAUGGACCUGUUCACUGAGAUCUCAGAAGACAAAGACAACUACAAAAAGUUCUACGAGCAAUUCUCCAAGAACAUCAAGCUUGGUAUCCACGAGGACUCCCAGAACAGAAAGAAACUGUCAGAGCUUCUUCGCUACUACACCUCGUCCUCUGGAGAAGAAAUGGUGUCCCUCAAAGACUACGUAUCACGCAUGAAGGAGAACCAGAAGCACAUCUACUACAUCACCGGUGAAACCAAAGACCAGGUGGCCAACUCUUCGUUCGUAGAGCGUUUGCGAAAGGCCGGAUUGGAGGUGAUCUACAUGAUUGAGCCCAUUGAUGAGUACUGUGUCCAGCAGCUGAAGGAGUUUGAUGGGAAAACUCUGGUGUCCGUGACCAAAGAGGGUCUGGAGCUGCCUGAAGAUGACGAGGAGAAGAAAAAACAGGAGGAACUCAAAACCAAAUUCGAAAACCUCUGCAAAAUCAUGAAGGACAUCCUGGACAAGAAGAUUGAAAAGGUCACAGUAUCAAACCGCCUGGUCUCCUCUCCCUGCUGCAUCGUUACCAGCACAUACGGUUGGACGGCCAACAUGGAGCGCAUCAUGAAGUCUCAGGCCCUCAGAGAUAACUCUACCAUGGGGUACAUGACGGCCAAAAAACACCUGGAGAUCAAUCCAGCUCACCCUAUCGUGGAGACACUGCGGGAGAAGGCGGAGGCGGAUAAGAACGAUAAAGCUGUGAAGGAUCUGGUGAUUCUGCUGUUCGAGACUGCGCUCAUGUCCUCCGGAUUCACGCUGGAUGAUCCACAGACCCAUGCCAACCGCAUCUACAGGAUGAUCAAACUCGGACUGGGCAUUGAUGAAGACGAUUCUCCAGUGGAAGAGCUGACCCAGCCGGCAGAGGAGGACAUGCCCGCGCUGGAGGGAGACGAUGACACGUCCAGAAUGGAAGAAGUCGACUAA